CUGUUUCCUGCGCAGCGCCUCGCACAUCCCGGGCCCGAUGGAGGCGCUGCAAUCAGCUGAGCCGCACAUCUUGUUAUGAGAAACAAGUAACUGAUGAUAAGAAACAACAAAACAAUGGAAGGCAUGCUGUACAAGUGGACUAAUUACAUAAGUGGUUGGCAGCCUCGUUGGUUUGUACUGGAUGGAGGAACUUUGUCUUAUUAUGACUCUCAAGAAGAUGCCUGGAAAGGCUGCAAGGGCAGCAUUAAAAUUUCAGUAUGUGAAAUCCAAGUUAAUUCCUCUGACUCUACACGAGUUGAUCUGACGAUACCAGGGGAGCAGUAUUUCUACCUCAGAGCCAUCAACGCAGCGGAGAGGCAGAAGUGGCUGGUGGCGCUGGGGACGGCCAAAGCCUGCCUUACAGACAACCGUACAAAGAGGGAAAAGGAGCUGCAGGAGAACACAGAAGCACUGAGAACUAAGAUGUCAGAGCUCAGAUUGUACUGUGACCUUCUUCUUCAGCAAGUAAACAAGAUCAAGGAGAAUGAUGAGCUAGAGGAAAAAGUGGAGAGUGGCAUAGACACUGGAAACUUGGUGAAGUCAACAUGUACAACUUUUCUUAAAACUCUGGAGGAAUGUAUGCAGAUAGCAAACCGUACUUUCAGUACUGACAUGGCAACACACAGUCCACCAGGAACGCCUCCGAUAGCAGCCAUCAAACCCCAGAAGCAGAUUAAAGCUGCCAACCAUUUAAAUCAGAACGUCGGAGAAAAAUGGACAGAUGUAGCCGAAACCUCAGGAGAAGCAGUUACAGAUGAUAACCAGAGCCUUGACUCGGGAGCAGAGGGACCAGAUCAACCAGAGAGACACGAUAACCAUUCUUCUCCAUCAAGUAUUGAAUCACCCAUCAGCUCAGUUCAGGAGGAAGAAGUCAGUCCUGCUUUACACACAGACCAGAACGCCGCUGAGGCUAAACACGAUGACCAAACAGCAGGGGGGGAUGAGAAUUAUUAUCCUGCCGAUCACGAAGAAAUUGAACAAGAGCAGAAUCACAAAAUGGACCAAAGUCAAGAGCACGACAACAGCAGCAGUGAAGUGGAUGCUGUCCAACUCCAGCACCAACAGGAAGUGGUUUUAGACCCGGAGGUGGCUCCAGAAGAAGACAAUCCUUCCAGAGAUUCAACAGAGCCAGAAGGCACAGAGCAAGUGGAAACCUUCUUCAGCACAAUGAGUCACAGAUUUAGUGAUAUAAGACUGGAUGACGACAAUGGUAUCCCUACACAAGAGUUUUUGGACUCAUGCUAUGCAAUAGUGCCUGUAUUAGACAAACUGGGCUCCACAGUUUUUGCACCAGUUAAAAUGGAUUUUGCAGGAAAUAUCAAGAAAAUUCAUCAGAAGCUGAUGUCAGACCCAGAGAGCUUUCCCACACUACAGUCCAUUGUGCUGCAUGAAGUACAGACAGAUGUUUGCAAGGUACGCAACUCUGCAACCGAGGCUUUGUUGUGGCUUAGACGGGGCCUGAAGUUCCUCAAGGAGUUUCUGUCUGAGGUCAACGCUGGGGAGCAAGAUAUACAUGGAGCACUAAAUAAUGCUUAUGGAAAGACUCUUAGGCAAUACCACGGAUGGGUUGUGCGUGGUGUGUUUGCUCUCGCGCUUCGAGCUGCCCCAUCUUAUCAAAGUUUCACUGCUGCCUUAGUGUCAAGAGAGGGUGAUGAACUGAGGAGCGACUUUACCACCGGCAUGCACAGAGAUCUGGGCGUGUACCUCCCCGCCAUGGAGAAGCAGCUGACCAUCCUAGAUGUGCUUUAUGAGGAAUACAACCUGGAGUCUGAUGAGGUGGUGUGAAAAUCGAGGAAGGUGCGAUCGGACCAUAAUCAAAGAGGAAGUCUGUCCCAAGUGGCUAAAACUGCUGAAAGGAUGGUGCAAGAUGCAUAGGAAAAUCUUGUGAACAAAGUGAGGAAAUGUGGCAGUGUGAGGCGUUCAGUGGUUCUAAAGUCCACAGCAGCGAAGGGUCUCAGUCUGAAAAAGGUGUUAGUGUUAGCCCACACGUGGCAAAGAUAGAAGUAGCACUUAAGGAGUGAUGGUUUAAAAAAAGAAAAGGAAGUCCCAGGUCUUGUUUAAAAGGCCAGCGGGAGAGUAAAAGGGUUUUAAGCCCUAUUAUGCAGACUUAAACAAUAAUUGUUCAAAGUAACACUUGUUUCUGAUUAACACUCCGAUGUUGUGACAUUUUAUUACUCUACGUGUUUUAAGGUACAUAUUUACAUGGUGUUUAGUUCAAGUAACUCCCCUGGUAUCCUGUUUCUUAUUCCCUUUGAACUGAUUGGAAUGUGGGAAAGAUGAAUUCUGAUUGUCCUAUUCCUUUGGUUUCAUGAAACAGGGUUACACCAGCACAAAGCACUCUUGACAGAAACAAAGCCACAUUUUUAUAAAGCUCACACAUCUUUAGUAUGUGAUGGAGUGGUGCACUAGGCCAACUUAUUUGCAUAAUGUGUUUUUUGGUCAACAUCUUCAUGAACUGUUGCUCUUUAGUGUUUCCAGUGGACCAAAAACAGAGUUGUGGUGGUGAGAUUGGCUUUAGCCUCUGCUGCCUCCGGUAACAACACAAGAAUUAAAAUGUUCAAUUAGUGACAACUGCUGUUUAUGUGGACAUGCUCUGCACAAACCUAUGCACAGUAUGUAUUUUCAGUGUCUAUUUAUUGUGUCUUAAGUUAUUAAGUCUAAUGACAGGCAAAUAAUUCCAGUACAAUUUUUCUGUGAGUGCAUAAACAUUUUUACACAUAAAACAUUUAUCGGGGGCAUGUUUUAUAUAUACAUAUAUUAGGCUGUAUAAGUGCCAGAGGAAACUGAAUAUAAGCCAAGGGCUUGAAUUUAUCCAAGUAACUAAAUAAUCGCAAAGAUUAAAAGUUGUGAAAGUGAAAUUAUGUGGCUUUUCUUUUACAUCUGUACUGAAAAUGAUCAGUAACUUCCAGCGUAGAUGCGCUUUACAUAAUUCAUCUUUGUUUUUGUUGUGCUUCGUAUACGGGAGUUAAGUUGUUAAGACAAAUUCCAUAUUUUGCAAUGAAAAUUAUUUCACAUCUGGACCAACUUGAUAUUUGGCCUCAUAGUCUUUGAGUCAUUUGAACAAAUCGUAUAUGCCGUGGUCAGCCUUAUGGGGCUUUACUAUAACCAUGUAUUAUUUUUUAUUUUAUUUUAUGUUAUGUUUUAGUUUUCUGGAUUUUAUACUAUGUAUUUACAUCGCAGAUGUGCAAUAGGUUUAUUUCUAGGUGCAAAUGAUUUUCAUGUUUAAUCCUGUUUUCUUGUAAUAUUGCUACAAAUAAAUGCUUUUUCC